UCGUUUUUGCCGUUUGCAGUGAAGUACUUGACGUUUCAUCAGUGACAGCCUGCCUGUGUGUGCUUCAGAAGCUGUUGGUGUGUCUCUGACGACACGACCGCGGUCAGGUGUGAGGCAGGUGUUAGGUUGUAGGGUUAGCUCGGUUUAAUUCACCUGUUUGUUUACAGCGAGUCCUGAGUGAAGACACGACUGACUAUGAUUAAGUUUGACCCCAAACUACAAAACAAGUUAGUCUGACUCGUCAGCGAGCUAAAAAAAAAAAAAAAAAGUGCAGAACUGCUUCUGAAUGAUCCAUGAAUGAUGACGUCAUUAUCACGGUUGUGGAUUUGACUCCAUCCUGAACACUAAGGUUGUUAUUUGGGACUGUCACCACAUCAGGUUGUCUCUGUGUGACUGUGUCACCAACUGAAGCUUGCUGCUGAAAACAACACGAGAGCCAAAAAAAAGGAAGAAAAUAAAAGCCAUGGCGUCUCAUUUCCUGAAGUACUCUGUGCUUCUCCAGAAGUACCGCACUCCGCUGCUCAUUGCGAGCUGCGGUGGAGUCUUCGCCGCCAACAUGUUCUACCACGUUUUCCCUGACGUCUCCUACCGUCAGCUCUAUCAGGCCUGGCACAGGGGGGAGCCGGUCGUGCUGUCGGAAAAGCUGGAAAAUCUUUUUCAGCAGGUGCUGAAGGACUAUGGCGUCAGCUCACCCAAGAAUUUCUCGGCCUUUGCGUCCUUUGGCUUCCAUCCGGUUGGCGCUGGCGUCCCGUGGCUUCCUGCGGGCGCCCAAAUCGGCAUCCCGGCUAACUUCAACAGCACCGCCGACGACCCGAGUGGAAUUACCAAUCGCAACAUUUUCAUCAACGGCAAAACGGUGGACUGGAGCAGUGAGUCCGGUUCGACUCUAAAGGAGGCGCUUGUGUUUUCCCUCGACGCGCAGAAGUUCGCCAUAGCGCGCGAGGUGGCCCGCUUGCAGUCCGGGGGACCCGUCAUGGGCGCUGCUGUCGCUCCGUUCUGCCUGGGAGGGGUUUGGGUGUACAGCGUGGUGCUGAAGCAGGUUUUCGGGCUGUACGGCGGGCCUGCGCUGCUACGCGGGGCUGUGAACAUCAUUGCGCUUGGCAUUGGUGCUGUUUCCUACUUCCUCACCUCGGACGCCGUCAGCCAGUGGCUUGACUAUAGCUCGGACCGACGUGCGGCCGGAGUGUCCCGCGAUUACGCCAAAGGAGGGGUGGAGUUUUACGAUAAAAUUCUGUCCAGAAACAAAACGCUGCGCUCACUGAUGGGACAGAAGGGAGAGGAUAUGUACGCUCCCAGUGGGAACUUGUUUCCUGCUCACGUCCUCCAGCUGAAACACACGCCGUACACCUCCAGGAGGGAGCAGAUCCUCGCUCUGCUGAAAGAGGAGAAAGUAUGAGAGGAGGGCUAGCGAUGGGAACUAAACUAGCAAGACUUUUCAUGUUGUUUCUUAAAAUUAUGUCAUCACGGAUGUGCUGAAUGUAAUUUGUAAUCAGCAAAGUCCUGAGGGGUCGUGUAUUUGCUGAUUUUAUGCAACAACGAUAGCGUGUAGGGCACAGUGUACCAAUAAACUGUUUCCCUGCCUGUGUUUGUGGUCAUAUGUGUGAUCAGUCGUAUUAGUCGGAUGCCGAUAAGUGCUAUUCCUGUUUCUCUCACCCAGGUGCAAAAACAUACUCAUGUACAUACAUGCAUUUGUAUUUUUGUUUCUAUAAUAUGCUCUGGAUAGAUUUAGA